AUGCCCCGCUCAAGGCAACCCGCUCGGUUCUCGAGCGAAGCUCCCUCCGAAUCCUCCUCCUCGACCUCCCCCGAUCGCACCGCCGACGAUGACACCGACUUCUUCACAGCCCAGGCCAACGAUUCAGAGUCCUCCGUGGGCGCUGUAAAUGGCCGGGAUUCUCAUGCAUAUUACGACUCAGAUCGGGCCCUGCCGCCCAUCGGACGGUUGCCUCCGGAGAUCUUAAUCGCCAUCUUUGCCAAACUGAGUUCGCCAGCCGAUAUGAUGAGCUGUAUGCUGAGCAUCAGCACCACAGUGGGCAAGCCGAGCAGCUUCUUUCCUUACUCGGACUUGAUCAAGAGACUGAACCUGUCCGCGCUCUCGGGCGAUGUCAGCGAUGGAACGGUGAUGACCUUUGCUCAGUGCAACCGCAUCGAGCGAUUGACGCUGACCAACUGCUCCAAACUGUCGGACAACGGCGUGUCAGACCUGGUGGAAGGGAAUCGCCAUCUACAAGCGCUGGAUGUGUCGGACUUGGGGCAUCUCACCGACCACACUCUGUACACGGUGGCUAGAAACUGUCCCCGGCUCCAGGGGCUCAAUAUCACGAAUUGCACCAAGGUGACGGACGAGUCCCUGCUUGUCGUGUCUCGUAAUUGCCGACAGAUCAAACGGUUAAAACUGAACGGAGUCGCGCAAGUCACGGACAAGUCCAUUCUGUCGUUCGCUCAAAGCUGCCCGGCCAUUCUGGAGAUUGACCUUCAUGACUGCAAGCUUGUCACCAACAAGUCGAUAACUGCCUUGAUGGCGACACUGGCUAAUCUCCGUGAGCUACGACUGGCCCACUGCACCGAGCUCGACGAUAUGGCCUUUCUGGAGCUGGCGCCGCAUAUUUCCCUGGACAGUCUACGCAUCUUGGACUUGACAUCCUGCGAGAAUGUCAGGGACGCGGCAGUUGAGCGAAUUGUGGCAUCGGCGCCACGCUUACGAAACCUGGUGCUCGCAAAGUGUCGAUUUAUUACGGAUCGCGCAGUCUGGGCCAUUUGCAAGCUCGGCAAGAAUCUGCACUACGUCCACUUGGGACACUGCUCCAACAUCUCGGAUGCAGCCGUGAUGCAGUUGGUCAAGUCCUGCAACCGAAUCCGGUAUAUCGAUCUGGCGUGCUGUACCCGUCUGACGGACGCAAGUGUGCAGCAGCUGGCUACGUUACCCAAACUCCGGCGUAUCGGCUUGGUCAAGUGUGCCAACAUCACCGACAACAGCAUUCUAGCCUUGGCGGGUCCCAAGGCUUCCCACCAUUCAGCAGGAAUCAGUAGUCUAGAGCGGGUGCACCUCAGUUACUGCACUUUACUCACCCUCAGAGGAAUCCAUGCUCUUGUCAACAGCUGUCCUCGUCUGACACACCUCAGUCUAACGGGAGUUCAGGAGUUCUAUAUGCGAAAAGAAUUAACCGAGUUCUGCCGCGAGGCGCCUCCCGAGUUCACGCCGCAACAGCGCGACGUUUUCUGUGUAUUCAGCGGCGACGGUGUGAACCACUUGCGUAACCAACUGAACCAUAUGAUCCCCCCUCCACCGCCGCAGGACAUGACGGAGGCGACCAUGUAUGAUGACGACGAAGAACUCGACGAGGAUGAGGGCCAGGUGACUGGCCUGAUGCGCGCGACGGCGGCCACGGCGAUUAACGACGAUGAUUACAUUGACAUUGGACAUACACCCAAGAGCAAGAUGGCUACCCCGCGCGCCAAUCCGCUGGCCUUUACGCGAUGGCCCGUGACUCUCAUUACGACCGCCGUCUACCUCGCCUUUGUGAUUCCCCUCCUGGUCGUCCACCACGUGCUCCCCUCGGCGCCCAGUGCAUCCUCCACCCCCAACGGCCUCGAUCUCCACGAAGCUUGGGCCGAUCUACAGGUCCUAACCAACGGGUACCAUCCGUAUAACUCGCGCCGGAACGACGAGGUCCGAGAGUGGCUUCUCCGCAGAGUGAAGGAGAUCGGCUUCCAGGAGCCUCCUACGAUCUACAACGCCGACGCCGAAACUCGACCCACCGUCUAUAUCUUCGACGACAACCAGUCCAACCUCUCCUUCGUCGGCAAUACCCUCAAGUCGUCCAACACCGCGGUCUACUUCGAAGGCACCAAUCUCCUGGUCUACAUCCGUGGGGAGGAUGACGAGGACCUGGUACUGGGAUCGGACGCAGGAAGUCCCGGAGGAGGGGGAGGGGUGCUGGUCAACGCCCACUAUGACAGCGUCUCCACCGGCUAUGGUGCGACGGAUGACGGCGUCGGCGUCGUCACCUGUCUUCAGUUGAUCAAGUACUUCACCACCCCGGGCCAUGCCCCGCGUCGCGGCGUGGUGGUGCUGUUCAACAACGGCGAGGAGGAUUUCCUCAACGGCGCGCGCGUCUUCAGUCAGCACCCGCUGUCCAAGUUCACGCAAACCUUCCUGAAUCUGGAGGGCGCCGGCGCCGGUGGCCGGGCGAUCCUGUUCCGAGGCAGCGACACGGAAGUGACAAGGAACUAUAGGCGCGCGAAACACCCGUUCGGGUCGGUGUUGGCGGCCAAUGGGUUUGAGGUCGGGCUCAUCAGUUCCCAGACGGACUAUGUUGUGUUCGAGGGCGAUCUGGGCAUGAGGGGCUUGGAUGUCGCGUUCAUGGAGCCUAGGGCCAGAUAUCAUACCGACCAGGAUGAUUCGAGGCACACGACUAUGGAAAGCCUGUGGCACAUGCUGGAGGCGGCGGUGAAGACGACCGAGGGGCUGGUCAGUGAUGAUAGUGAUGCUGGGAAGAGAGGAUCGCGCGGAGUGUGGUUCGAUCUCUUCGGAGCGACCUUCGUCGUGUUCCAGCUGCAUACCUUGUUUGCGCUGUCGGUGACGAUGCUCAUUGUCGCGCCCCUGGGCUUGUUGGUCACGAGUGUGGCCCUAAGCCGGGCCGACAAGAUGUAUCUGUUCCGGUCUACGGUCACGUCGCUCGACGAUGGGGAGGCCGUGUCGCUGCAGGGACUGCGCGGGUUCUUCCGGUUCCCCUUUCUGUUUGUGAUCCCGACGGCCGUCACGGUUGGGUUGGCGUACCUGGUGACUAAAGUCAAUCCGUUGAUCAUCCACAGCAGCGAGUAUGCAGUAUGGGGCAUGAUGCUGUCGGCCUGGACGUUUCUGGCCUGGUUCGUGUCGCGCGUCGCCGACUUUGCGCGUCCCUCGGCUUUCCACCGCGUCUAUACUCUGACGUGGAUGUUUGUGCUCGCCUGGGUGAUGUUGGUGAUUGCGACGGUCUACGAGAACCAGUGGGGCCUGGCUGGCGGGUAUUGGGUCUUUUUCUCCUUCUGUGGCACGUUCCUGGCCACCUGGAUCUCCUAUCUUGAGCUGUUCGCUCUGCCUCGAAAGUCGGAGUACGCCAGCCAGUAUGCGCCGGUGCCGGCGUCGUCGCGCCGUCCCAGCAGUUAUGGCGGCAGUCGACUGGGCACAGCCUCGGGCGAGGAGCACACCUCGGAGCACGACGGAGACGAGCACGUCGACUCGGACGACGAGCAACCCACUGAGUCGACGUCUCUGCUGGGAGGCGGCCAGCGUACGACGUUUGCCAACUACGUGCGCGUCACGGGGGAGCAUGAGGGCCACGACGAACCCACCGAUCCGCAUGUUUACGGCCACGAGCAACGCUGGAGCGCACACCUGCCGAAAUGGACCUGGGUGCUGCAGUUCCUGCUGACGGCACCGAUUGUGCUCAUCAUGGUCGGGCCCCUGGCGUUGCUGCUGACCAGCGCAUUGCAUCAAACCGGCCAAGACGGCAGUUCAUCUCUGUUCAUCUACAUCUCCAUCGCAGCCCUAACCACCUUCCUUCUCACCCCACUCCUCCCUUACAUCCACCGCCACACGUAUCAUAUCCCUCUGUUCUUGCUGGCGAUUUUCCUGGGGUGCCUGAUCUACAACCUGGUUGCGUUCCCGUUCUCGGCGUCUAACCGCCUCAAGAUCUUCUUCCACCAGGAGAUCAACCUCGACACAGCCGCCACCAACGUGUCGCUGAUCGGGAUCUCGCCCUUCGUCGCCCAGGUUGCGCACGCGCUCCCGAGCGUCCACGGCCAGGAGCUGGCUUGCCGCCCGCUCGCUGCCCGCACGAAGUGCUACUGGCCCGGUCCCAUGCCGGAUGUUGUUCCCUCGGCGCCCGAGGACUACCAGUCCUGGCUGACCUUCAACGUGUCCGCCACGGAGUCCUCAGCCUCCUCGCAUCUCGCCGCGGAGCAAGGCGACAACCUUCAAACCGCUCAGAUCCAACUCUCCGGCCUCAACACCCGCGCCUGCCGGAUCACCUUCGACACCCCGAUCUCCUCCUUCAGCGUGGCCGGCAGCGCGUACGACCCCCGCUUCCCGCACACGUCCCCGCUGGGCACGCAGGAGAUCCGCUUGUGGAGCCGCGAGUGGGAGAAUACCUGGACCGUGGAUGUGGAGUGGACCACGAAACUGAAAGGACGGGUCGUCUGUCUCUGGAGCGACCACAAUCGCAUCGGAGCCAUCCCCGCCCUCGACGAGGUCAAACAGUAUGCGCCGGUCUGGGUGGCGGCUACGAAGUUCUCAGAUGGGUUGGUGGAAGGCUAUAAGGAAUUCGAGAUCUGA